AUGAUCCCUGCCCUCAUGGGGAGAAUCUGGUUCAUCGUCUGCUUCUGCGGCCUCCUCUCUCCCUCUCACGGGCUCCUGGAGACCGUAGGAAGCGUCGCUCGGCUCGAUAAAGAUGAAUUAGAAAAGGCCAUCCAGAAUUCCCUGGUGGAGGGACCCCUUCUUCAGGGAGUCCUGGGGACUGUGACAUCGGUGAAUUCGGGGUUGAUCGGAAGCAACGGCAUCUUGGGAGGCGGAGGUCUCCUCAGCACCGGGGGCCUGUUUGAGGUUCUGGAAAACCUCUCCGGUUUGAAGAUUGAAGAGCUGGUUCUUCCCAAAAUAUCUCUGAAACUGCUGCCCGGAAUUGGAAUCCGCCUCAACCUAGAGACCAAAGUGGGGUUGAAUGGAGGCGGGCCCCUGGGGGGUCUGCUCCAGCUGGGCGUCGAGGUGAACGUGUCCUCCAAACUGGCCCUGGGCGUGAGCGAGAUGGGGACCCCCAUUCUGGUCCUGAAGAGCUGCGGGACUCUCUUGGGACACAUUUCCAUCUUCUCUGGACUGGUUCCUUAUCCUGUGCUGAAAUUAGUGGAACACACACUCUUCCAAGUUCUUCCUAGACUGCUGUGUCCGGUGGUGGACAGUGCCCUGAGCGUUGUGAACGAGUUGCUGGGGGCUGUUCUCUGUUUGGUGCCGAUGGGGGCCCUGGGGAGUGUGGAAUUCACCGUGGCCGCCAUCCCCCUAAUCCAGGACCAGUACAUCGAACUGGACAUCUCGCCCAUCGUCAGGAACGUGGCGGGGGAUUUGAUCGAUCUUCCCCAGCCCCACGAGGCCUCGGAACCCACCGAGACCCCCGAGCCCGUCUCUCUCCCCCCAAAAGAGGACCACACAUCUCAGGUGACCGUCCCUGUCUACCUCUUCUCCGCCGUCUUCACCCUCCUCCAGUCGAACGGGGCCCUCAACCUGGACAUCAACGAAGACUUGGUUCCCAGCCGAAUUGCUCUGACCACCACCGCUCUGGCCUCCGCGAUUCCUGAAGCUCUGGGGAAUUUGCCCCCAGACCAGAAACUCCUGCUCACAUUGAGGGUCAAGAAGAGCCCCGAAGUCACCCUAGAGAAGGACAAAGCCACCGUGUCCAUCCCCGUGUCCAUCGAAGUCCUGGCCGGCUCCCAGUUCGAAGUUGCCGAAUCCCUGUUCGUCCUGGAUUCUGACGUCAGGUUGAACGCACAGUUGAGCCCCUCUGCUGCCAUGUUACACAUCGCCUUGUCCCUGGAAAGACUCACCGCCAAGCUGGCUUCCACUGACAAGGUCUCUUUUGAUGCAUCCCUUCUGGAAGAAUGGCUGGGUGACAUCUUCAGGACCUCCUACGUGCCCAAGAUCAAUGCACACUUAGAAGUGGGGAUCCCUCUGCCCAGGGUUCUGGCCGUGAAUUUCUCGGGGGCAACGGUGGACAUCAUCGACAAUGCAGUGCUGCUGACAGUGCAGUCCAGUGGUUAGAGGACAGUGUGUCCACAUCUCCUCGCUUGCUGGGGGUAGGGGGAAGAAGACCCCAGAAGCUUCAUUUUCCCCAUCCUGAUCACCCAAUCUUCCCCCUUAGCCCCCUCACAAGCCCUCCCUGCUCUGGGGAUGAAAGACUUUGGAUGCCAUCACAAUCAAUGGCAUUUAUUGAGCGCUUACUGUGUGUAGAGCACUGUUCUGAGUGCUUGGG